AUGGCUGACACUCCACCCAACGACGGCCCCUCACAAGGCGCUGACUUUGACAUGAUGGGUGCUCUGGAUUGGAAGGACGGUAUUGCAACGUUGCCAGGAAGUGACAUCAGGUUCCGCAUGACAGAGUUCGGCACACUUGAGAUCGUGACAGAUGUAGAAGUUAAAUGUCAGCAGCCGGUGCCUAAACGGGAAGCCCUGGACCCGGUGCCAUCUCAGAGUCCCACUCCUCCACCAGAGAGCCAGUCACAGACUAAAACAGAACCACCACCGGCCAAUAAUAUUCAGCCAGCAUCAUCUCAAGGAAAAACCCCUGGUCCUGUUGUCUUGUCUUUGGAGGAGACCCCAACUCUUGAAAGUCCGAAAGUUGAAGUUGGUCCGAGUGUCGAAGUUGGCCCGAGUGUCGAAGUUGCUCCCAAUGGAGCGCUCACUCAAUGCAGAACCUGUGGUGGUCACGUUGCUCAUGAUGCCCUCCUACAGGGAAAAUUUUGUAGCCCUAACUGUGCACAGCCGUCUAGUGGCAGGUCAUCACCCGGCGAAGCACGAGAGUGUCAGACAGCUGAAAGCGAGACCUUAGGUAAACGUGUGCGUAAAAAGAGGAAAAUCUUUAUGGAUUCUGGUGACGAGGAGGAUGAAAACCAAGAGGAAGCAGAGGAGAAAGCCAAGACUACCAAGGGCAGGAGAGGACCCAAGAUGGCCAAACUUGCCGCAGCCCCACAGAAUAAAAAGCGGGCAUGGAGCUGGCCGGCAUACCUGGAAGAGGAGCGAGCGAUCGCCGCCCCAGUUAAACUUUUCAAAGAGCAUCAGUCGUUUCCUCAAAGCCGGAACAGUUUUAAGGUGGGGAUGAAACUGGAGGGGCUGGAUCCGUGUCACCCGUCCCUCUUUUGUGUGCUCACUGCGGCAGAGAUCCAAGGCUAUCGGGUGAGGCUCCACUUCGAUGGCUACCCCGAGUGCUAUGACUUCUGGGCCAACGCCGACUCGUGGGAUUUAAAACCGGCAGGCUGGUGUGAGAAGAAUGGCCACAAGCUAUUGUUGCCUAAAGGUUGUAAGGACGGAGAAUUCAACUGGAGCAUGUAUGUGAAGAACUGCAGAGGUCAGCUGGCCCCAAAGCACCUGUUCAAAAGCCUCAACACCUCUGUGACUCCCUCUGGAUUUCGGGCGGGCAUGAAGUUGGAAGCGGUCGACAGGAAGAACCCGUCACUGAUCUGCGUGGCCACCAUCGCGGCCGUGGUGGACAAUAGACUUCUCAUUCACUUUGACAACUGGGACGACACGUAUGAUUACUGGUGUGACGCGAGCAGUCCAUACAUCCACCCAGUCGGCUACUGCGAAGAGGCCGAGCUUACGCUGACCACACCAGCUGGUAAGACACAGACCAAGGCACAUGUGGAAUAUAAGCAACCUAAGAGUUUCUCCUGGGAGAAAUAUCUGGAAGUGACGGGCACGCAGGCAGCUCCAGCUCGGGCUUUUAAACCGAGACCUCCACAUGGCUUCCAGGUGGGGAUGAAGGUGGAAGCCGUUGACAGAAGGAACCCCAUGCUUAUCCGAGUUGCCACCAUCGCAGACUUUGAUGACCACCGGCUCAAGAUCCAUUUUGAUGGCUGGAGUCCCGAGUACGACUUCUGGGUAGAGACCGACUGCCCCGACCUGCACCCUGUAGGCUGGUGUCACAAAACCGGGCACUCUCUGCAGCACCCCAACAGUGUUAAUGACGUGAGUCCUCCGGGACAGGGAUGUCCCACCCCGGGAUGCAACGGCGUGGGCCACAUCAGGGGACCGCGUUACGGGACACAUUACACUCAGGUGAGCUGUCCUUACUCUGAAAUGAAUUUGAACAAAGAGAGCUUGCUCCCCGACCGCCUCAGCGGCGAGAAACCCCUAACUCUGGGCGGGCCCCUCCCUCGCGGGCGUCGCCCCGAACCCAACGCACUCGCCGCAACGCAGCCCACCGCCGCAUCGGACCGACCAGCGACGACCGACAACGCCCCCGCCAGGAAACCAGCAGAGGUGGAGACCGAGCUCACGGGUCACGGCGGCCAGCCAGAACCACUGGGAGGUGCUGGCGAGCAGCAACAGAAUGGAACCAGACUCAAACGGAUUGCUCCUGUUCCCAAAUAUCUCAAAAUGCACUACGUCAAAGAAGAGGCUGCCGAUGGCAAAGCCUCCCCAGACUCUGUCUCCCUCCAGCAAGCCCUCCACGAGUCGGUAUUUUCGCCUGGCAUCUCCGCCGCGCCCCCCCACAGAGUGGCACUGUGUUGGGACAAACACUGUCAGCUGCUGCCUGAAGUUCUGGGCCUCACCGCCAAGAGGGUGGCCGGGUGGAGCACGGAGGAGGUGGUCAGUUUUGUUAAAGGACUCCCUGGGUGCAAAGAACAUGCCGCUACAUUUAAAACAGAGCAAAUUGACGGCGAAGCCUUUCUGCUGCUCACCCAAUCGGACAUUGUCAAGAUCCUGUCCAUCAAGUUGGGCCCCGCCCUUAAGAUCUACAACUCCAUCCUCAUGUUUAAGAGCGCCGAUGAAGAGUAA